ACUCAGUACAAUAACGACUGUCCAUCAAACGUCACGUACUGACAAUAAAUUUAAUAUUAUUAAUCAGAUCCGUAAAUAUAGUGAACAAACAUCAAGCGGUGAUUUGGCCGACAAUCAGAAGAUUUAUUUUCAAUUUACAAAUGGUUUCUUCAAAUUUCAAAUUAGUGACAAUAAUUAUAUCAUCUCUUAUUGGACACCAAUGCGAUCGCUAAUCCAAGCCAUGGACAACUCCGGUCAAGUACCACAUGAAGAUAUGCAUAAAGUGGUGGACGAAAGUCAACGAGUGGCCUAUUCGGGCAAUACGCCCGUCGGCUUUGUAUUCUCCAAUUUGCCGAAUCUGGUGUUCAAACAUCCGACACUUGGUUUGUGUCACAUUGAAUACGAUGGCAAUCACGAAGAUCUGAUCAAAUGGAAAGACAAGUUCGAAUCGGAACUACAGUACGGCACAGAUAUUAUACAUCCGAAGCUAAGUUCACCCGAAGCUCACGAACUUUCAUUUUUAGAGCACCAGAAAAGAAGUAUGAAAGUGGUGUUCAAUCCAUUGCUAAACGAGUACCAAAAGAUGGUGUCAUUGGCCCGAACCGACGCCCACCGUAAGUUCAAAUGGGGCGGACUGUUCCUGCUAUCGGCUCAACUCGGUUUUGUGGCCCGACUUACAUGGUUUGAGUAUUCGUGGGAUAUCAUGGAACCGAUCACUUGGAUGCUCACCUACGCUAUGAUGGUUGGUACAUUUGCCUAUUAUAUCGUUACAUCUCAAGAAUAUUUGGUGCCAUCAGUUGAACGAAGGCUAACGAUAAGCAAAUUCUGGAAAUUAGCGCAAAAACAGAAUUUCGAUGUAAACAAGUUUAGGAAAUUAAGGGAACAAAUCAAACAAUUGGAUGAAAAAAUUCUUAGACUCAAGUCUUUGGGCUAAAAUUGAUGGUCAAAUCAAUUGAUCCACUGCUGACUUAUUGAUUGAUAUUUGAUAUAAUAUAUAUAUGUUUUU